AAAUACAUGUCCUAUAGAGUAUAGGUGCAACAUUGUAGUCCGUAAAUGGACUACGUGGCUUGGUCAAGUAGCUCUAGUUGGUAAUCGACAGAGCCUGCAAUGUUGCAGGCUAGCGGAGAAGGUCUACCAAUCCCUACAUAUUUCUGAAGAGGUAAAGAAACAUGGAUUCUGAUCGCGGACACGUCGUGGCGUCAGGCUUCCUGGCGUUGCUGGCUUCGCAGAUUGGCACACGACUUGUAACCUUCAUCAUCAACCUCCUCAUCGCACGGCACCUGUCACCAGAAGCUUACGGGCUCGCCUCCAUUCAGUUCCAUCUGCUCACCACCACCGCGCUCUUCAUCAGUCGGGAGGGCUUCAGACGCGGGUGCCUCCGUUUCGGAGCCGCGGGGUCGUCUGCUGCUGCCGCCGGAGCCGCCGCUAGCGACGAUAAGGAUGAUAACACCACCACCACACCCGGCAACACCCUUAGCACCAGCAACCACAAGGACGACAACAACCCCAGCACCAAUAACAGCCAUGGGAUCGGAGCAGGAGGAGCAGCAGCAGCAAGAGGAGCA